ACCAUAAUGUAACUUGCAGACUUAAUGUGGCCUGUAAACCAGGAGGUUCUUAACACCACUGUGUUAGGGUAAAUCGAGGCCAUCAAAGUAAGGUCUUAUGAUAUGUGUAAUGUAUUGUCAAGUUGAAUUUUAAUGAUAACAUUCAGCUAGGUACUUAUUUGGUGAAAGCCACAGGCCUUUAAAAUGAAAUAAUUCAACAACAAUGUCUCUGUCACUAACAAAUGGAGUCAUGGGUGGUAACUCUACCAUUCCCUCAAAAAGAAAAGGCACCAUGUGAAACAUGCAAAUUGGGCUUUAAACCCAAAACAGUGUAACAGUGUUUUUGUUUAACACUAAUAGGAGUUAACUGGUGAUCAACACUAGUGUUGAACAGAAAUAACAGAGAGUUCAUUAUCUCAUAGUGUUACAUUUGAGUAACAUUGACAAGUUUAAUGCAGUGUUAUUUUUUUACACUUUCGUAGUGUUACAACAAAAGUACUUUUUACACUCUGUAGAGUGGGACCAUAUGUACUCGGAGAUAGGAGAUAGUAGAUAGGAGAUAGGAGAUAGGAGAUAGGAGAUAGUAGAUCAAAUGAACUCUUUAAGUGUUGAUUUAACGCUGCAAAAUGUGCUGUGUACAUAGUGGGAGCAGCACAGAAACAACAUUAUUGCUUAAUUAUAAUACGUAGUACAUGCAAUGUUUAAUUCUAAUAGGUUACAGUAGCCUAGUUAUUAUUGGUCUUGGAAGCGUGACAGCACUGCACACUUAGUCUGUAGAAACAUUAAUAUUUGAUCUCAAGGGCCUCUGUUGAUGACGGCAGCUGGUAUCCAAUACACAUCAGCAUCAUUGCGCAUCAUUCCGAGAUGGCCAGCAAAUCAAACUCUAAAUUUCAUACGCAUUUAAAGCAAUACACAGGCAUGACUCAGUAAAUAAAGAACAUAACGGUAAACGUAGUCUAUAUGCGUAUGUACACGCCUACCUACCACCAGCUACCACAUCAGUCGACCAUUCGCAUCUCUUAUAAAAACGUAGGCCUAACCCCGUUAUCUUGAUCGACUCAUCACUCAGAUAGAAGAUGUGUCCGCCAGGGAAAACAUAGCCUACCUGAAGAGACAUCUCAUCAAAGUUCAACUUCGUAAGCUACUGUAGGUAGUAUUAGCCCAAAGUGUCCUCUCGGCUGUGUGAAUAGCUCUGACUACAGCUGUAACAGACUGGGAGCUUACAGUAAAUAUCGGUCAAUGCCUCCGGAGUCGGGACCGCAGUGGGGUGGAUAGACAGCUGAUUGGCUGACCAAACAUACUGAGACGCGGCGCGUAAAGGACGCUAAAAUAAAAUACGAUUUAAAAAGGACACUCGCAUCAAUGCAAGUCAAUAUUGGAUUGUUCGCGUGUCAUGACAAAAUCAUACUGUAUAAAAUUGAUUGUUAGCUCAAUGAAUAUUCUAAUGUUUAGCAUUUGGAGGCAGUGUUAUAUUUCGUAAUUUGGAUGUAGAAACAGUGAUUCACGGAGGAUGAGAGAUGGUAGGUUGCCAUCCUACUGGGGUUCAGCUGGACUCAAUUAAUUCAGCAGUCUGUGGUUCUAAUUCAGAAGUCUGUGCAUCUGAGGGUCUGAUUCGGGAGACUGAAGGCUUGGUAGCAUCCAGUGGUUUCCAGUGGUUCUGAUGGGUCAUAUGGUUUGUAGCUAGUAUUAUUAAGUUGCUUUGGUUUUUCUUAGUAAAUUGUCAAUAUAAUAUUUGAAGAUUGUUUGGUGGCCUUUUUUGCUCGCGGUCAAAUAGAUUAGCUCUAUGCGGGUUUGAGGGGCGUGGCUCUGUUGAAACGUCAUCAACCUCAGACAUACAAUAUGGCUGCGCCCAUGGACACAGCACAUUAGUUGUGUGCACUGACCUACAACUGCUUUUUUAAUUGUUAGAAUUGGGGUAAAAACCCGACGGCUAUAAAGAUGGCCACUCCAGGCAAAGUGUCAAAAAAGGAGCGGAAGAAGCAGAUCCCAGCUAAGACGUCCCUGAACUCCCCCUACAGACUGCAAUGGAGCCCGCUGCAGAGUGAUGAUGUACACUUCAUCCUGGACACUCUGAAGAGCAAACUGUCAGCAACUGGCCUGGAAAAGAAAGAGGUGAAAGGGUUUCGACAGUGGGGGAAAAAGAGAAAUAAGAACCCACCUACAGGACAUGACUCGGUAGCUGAGCCCCCACAGAUAACCCUCGACGCUGUAACACCGGAAUGUCCUGUUAAACCCAGAGAGCAAGGCUGGACUGACGUAGCUGCUAGGAGGCAGCUGGCCAUCGGCAUCAAUGAGGUCACCAAGGCUCUGGAGAGGAACCAGCUCCGGCUGGUGCUCGUGUGCAAGUCGGUCAAACCGCCGCACAUGACGAGCCACCUGAUAGCGCUGUGCCGGACGCGGGGCGUGGCGGCAUGCCAGGUGCCGCGUCUCAGUGAGAGUGUGGCGGGACUGCUUGGGCUGAAGUGUGUCCUGGCACUGGGAUUCAGACAAGGGGACAGGAAUGAGGAUGGGACGUUCUCCGACACUGUGGAAGCCAUUGUACCCAGAGUGCCUGCUCUGCAGGUUGCCUGGAUACCAAGCCCUCCCAGUGAAACAGGUGUAACAGUUGAGGGGCAGGUAGGAGAGGAAGAGGGAACAGGUGCAGGGCAAAUGGAGGUGGAAAAGGGAGAGGAGACAAGAGGCCAAAAACGGAAAAUUGAAGACAUUUCUCCAGGCAUGACAGAAUGUCCAUCCUGCGUACUUCAGCCUCUUAAAGUGAAAAAGAUUAUCCCGAACCCCUAUAAAAUACGGAAACCAAAAACUAAGAAAAAGUAGAAGCAAUUUAUGUACAAAAGAUGACAUGAAACGGUAGUGUAGGCAGCCCUGGUUGCUGAUUGGAGGUGAUCUCUACUACCAAUCUGGAGGAAACACUCCCAAAAUCCCAUGGAGGACUUAAAUGAAAUAUUAGACAGCACACUCAGAUGUAUCUUUUAAAGUCUAGAUGAGUUUAUUCCAUCAUGCUGGUAUAGCUUGCGUGACUAUUUGAAACAUAUUCAGUAUUUGGAUGAGGUCCUGUUUAAACACUGCUGGUUCUAAUUCCUCAUUUCUUUUACAGCCUGCCAAGAAGUUCAAUAAAAAAUACUGUUUUUCAGUUAGAGAAAAGUGUGUUAUUUCAAAACUACACAUGUUGAUAUAUUUAAUAAAAAAAACUUAUAAGGCAAGGACUUUGGGUGCUCUCACUUGGGGUAUCUGCAUUGUAUCAAAAACUGUCUCGUGCUCAAAUUCAAACAAGUUGAAGUACACAUCCACAACAGAUCCAACACUCAAGGUGCCCCUGGGACUAAUAAACACAUGGCUGACUCAGA